ACGCACUGCGGGAAGAGGUACACAGAGAGUAGAUUCAGGAUACACCAGCAGAAAAUGCACACAACAGUAGUGAAUAGCGAUGUAAUGUAGUACUAGUUAGUUUGUCAUCAAUUACGUUAGUUUAGGAUGUAGUAGGGAAUGAGGUGAACUGAGGAAAGAAUGAGUAUGAUGAGGCAGGGUUGAUGUGAUGGUGUCUAAAGAUUAUUCACUAAUGAAAAGUGACAGGGGGGGGACACCCUUGGGGCCUGGGGUCACAGCCAGGGAUCAGCCAUUAUUGAUGGCGACCCUGGAGCAAUUAGGGUUCUUUUUUCUAUUUUUUUUCAACUAGGCAAGUCAGGUACCAGCUUGUGAGAAAAGUUAUUCUACUUGUCACGUAUCGCUUUGUGCAAUAAAAGUACUAUACUUAACGUUGUGAGUAUAUGACCAUUUCGUUGAAGUUAAACACAAAAUUGACUCUGUGCUGAUUGACUCGGUUAUUUUUUAUCAUUACAAGGACUGAGUUUCCUUUCUCUCAGUCGAACCAAAACAUACUUAAUUCUUGAAUCAACACAUUGACUUCCCCCCCAUAAUAAACUCCAAUGGCUCAAUAUUGUUAGCAGUGGUGGGUCGUCAGGGCCAGCAAGGCCUUCUCUGCUGGCCUAAACAUCAUCAGAAUAUAAUUUAAAAAAUAUAUAUUUUCCCACAAAUAUGUAUUAAAUUAUUCCCCAGAGUAAGAGUUACGCUCUUCAUUUCAUAGCGUUCCUCUUGGUUGCACUGCUUCCAGCCCCAGGUUGAGAUUUGGAGGGCUGGUCUUUAUGUUAGAUAUUUUAUCCAAUCAUAUUCAGUCAUCAUGUGUUGCCAGGGGUCUAAAAUCUGCCCUCAGACCUUCAGAAUCAAUAGUGUGGGCGCUAGUAGCUUAAAGUGAAUGGAAAUGAAAAUUUAGUGUCAACCAAUCAGCUUUAGAGUUGGCUAUUGUACGCCUGCUGGCUGGCUCCAGUGUUACACAGGAGCCAGCUAGCAUGCGUAGUGCCUGCACGUCUUUUGAUUGGAUUACCAAUAUUGAGAGGCAGGUCCUAUAUGGGCAGGUCUCAGAACUAGGAAACUGAAAUUGAUCAACAAAUUAAUUUGCGUACUACUAAACUGUUUUUUCUACCCACAUUGGCGGAAGGAGAAGAUAUCGAUUUGGUCGAGGAUAUAAUUAUAACGCCAUUCUCAAGACAAACUUUUCAAGAAAAGUUAGACAUUGUCAGGAGAGGUAGACACCGACGCUACAAAGCCGAAGCUACAAAGACAGGCUCCGAGAAGCACUGCAAACUGUACUGCUGGGAAUGCCUAUUAUUUGCAAGUGAUAGAUUUGGUGUUUGGAGCCACACUGGCUUUGCAAACCUGAGUUGUCUAACCAAGGCAGCAACGAGACACCAAAGUACGGCUGGGCACUUACAAGCAAUGGUGCUUUUGAAAACUUUUGGGGACACCCGAGUGGAUCUACAGCUCAACGAACAAGCGUGCAGGGCAACGAAGCUGCACAAUGAAAAGGUAUUGUACUCCUCCCCUGCAAUUCUCUGAAUAAAAAUGUCAAUUUCAAGGUGACGCAACGCCUGGUUAUCCUGCGUUUCUGUCUAAAUGUAUAGUGUCUAGAGCCAUGGCAUCAUAAUGAUGGUAAUAAGAGGUGGAUUAAUUCGGGUGGGACUGUGUAGGACUUCACUGAAGGCCCAGGCCCCAGAACCACGUCACGCUACUGAUUGUUAGGUACGUAAAUCACAGUGUUCAAGAUGGGGCUUGACAGUUAACAUUUUAUAAUAUCAUGUGUCUGUGAGUACAGCAAAGAGUUUCUUAUAAACUUUUAUGCUUUUCAGUUAAGUUUGUGUUUACAGUCAAUGAGGACCUACUGAUAUCCAGUGUUGAAGGCGGGAGAGACUGGACCUCUGAAGCGGCUGGUCAAACACUGGCCCCGGAUCAGGACCCUGGAUCAGGAGCCAUCCCUUUUCGUUCCCGAGACUGAACCAGGUCCCAACCGCGAGGGACAGAGACUCCACCACCACAGAGAACACAACCAGUGGACAGGUGGACUGAACAACCUCAGUCCUGGUGAUCAUCAGAGUGACGGAGGCUCCAGUCUGCAGCCCAGAACAUUCUCUUCACAGUCGCAAUGCAGUGAUGAAGCAGGACCUGAGGCUGAUAUAGAGAGACCCUCCUGUUCCUAUGAUGCAAACACCACAGGGUGGUGGGAGUCUAACAGGAAGCCUUUCUUCUCCUUCAGGAUCUUGUCUAAUGCCUGGUGACUGGGUUCAAGUCUAGCCUUCCUCAGUUACCUCAUGGUUACCCCACCAAUACCGACAGGGUCGGGUUGAGCACUCACCAGAAGAAGCACCUAGCCUACAACACAGCACACAAUCCCAACAACACCCAAACAAUGGCUAGAUGUCAAGGAGGGAGCUCAAAGACUAACAACCUGAGGGUGGUGGCUCCUGCUUCUACCUCCUCUGGUGUCAUUGGGUCACAAUGUGGGAGGCUAAGCAUUAGGAUGGACACUGGCAAGCCGUAUGCCUGCCUCACGUGUGGGAAGUGCUUUGCUAACGCAAACUACAGUAUGUGAAGGAGCACCAGACCGUUCCCACCAAGGAGAGGCCCUACAAGUGUAAACUAUGAUACAAGACCUUCUCCUUCCUGACUAAUGUUAACAGACAUAGGAGUGUCCACAAUGGAGAUAAGCCACACCACUAAGAUUUGAGAUUUACGCAGGGGAUAUCUGGGAAACAUUCUUUAGCUGAUAUUAUAGUUAUCAUGCGAAGUGUCUUGGGGUAUCAGGGUAAUUAACCACACACCCCUUAAUAACUAGUUAUUUGAAACAGGCUUGUGUAAAUACCUGUUUUUAGAGCAACAGUAAACCUAGGCUAGAACAAGGACAGUUUUAUAUUUACCUAACUGAGGUGAUGUAGCUCGAAUAAAGUCAUUUAUUUUCUACACUAUUCUUGUUAACAGUAAUUUCUAAACAAGUCUGCGCUGAACUUGAAAUUUAAUGAUCAUAGUACAUUUGAUUUGUAAUGUAAUAAGCAGUACCGUAAAAAAACAGCGCGCAUAACUUAAAAAUUCAACCACACCCUUUCAGCCACAAUGCCAACCAAUAAGAUCUGUUCUCUUCAGUAUAAACGGAAGUGAACAGUGACCAAGAAUAAUUUCCACAUUAGCGUUUGUCGUGCAUUAACACAUUGUAAUUCAAAAUAUGACACAUUUAACAGCAUAACAUACACCAGGUAGUGUGUAAUUCACGUUGGAGACCGGACUUGGUUGAUAAUUGUUCUCGGUAACUACUAACGUUAGCUAGCGAACAAUGGAUCAAUGUAUGGUUUUUCACACUCAAAUAGCCUCCAUCAUGGAGGUGCUAGCGAAUGCAGCCGUGGCAGAGAUCUGUAAACUCGUAGACGACGACUAUGCAGUGUUUCGUUUGGAAAUCACUCAAAGCCAGAAAGAAAACAGGGCAAUGCGGAGGAAACUACAGCUACUGGAACUGAAGGUAUCACGGGAGCGCGUCCUCGCCAGUCGUCCCAGAAGUGUCAAGAUCCUCGACCGAUACAGAGGAAUGGCAAGAGGUGAAGGACAUCUCACUGGAGGCCACAGGAGCUUUGUGAAGCCAGCGGGACACAAUACAUGGCGAGAUGACCAACCAAUCACUGUUGAUGAGGGGAGUGGAACCUCAACCCAGCAUGUUAUUGUGAUAGAGUCGGCACAUGCAGAGGCCUCAGGUCCUGGAAGAUUCUCUCUGGUCAAGCAGGAGAGGACUGAAGGAGAGGACCCACAAGACAGCAGACACAUCCAGACUGGAGAAGAAGCUGGAGUGGAACUCCCUUCGCCCAAGCCCAGGACCCGACGAAACAUCACUGAGGAGGAGGAAGAAGGUCCAGAGGUGCAGCUGGUAAAGGAGGAGGGUUUGGGGAACCCUGAGGGGACCAUGGUCAUGGAGGACAACCAGACUACACCUCCUUCUGAACCCACAGAGGAACCAGCUGAGCAGCACAGGACCACACACAGUCUCACUGAGUCAGUAGACAUGGAGGAUGGGAAGCCUGAUCUGUUGCUGGUCAAAGAGGAGACAAUAGAAGAUGGACCAGAGAGCAUUAAUCUGCUGAGUGGACUAAAGAUGGGGGAGCAAGGUGAUUGGAUGGAGGCUAAAAGAGGAGACUGGACAGCCAUCUCUGAUUCCCAGACCAGUGCAGCCAAGGGCCCAGGGGACAACAUCACAGAGCAGGCCAGGACCAGAGGCGAGUCUGCGGACCAUGAGGACCGGCUGAUGUCCGGUGUUGCUGACGGGAGAGCCUGGACCUCUGAAGCAGCUGGUCAAAAACCCUGGCCCCAGAUCAGAACCCUGGAUCAGGAGCCGUUGCUCUUCUUUCCCGAGUCGGAACUAGGACUGAACCACGAGGGACAGAGACUCCACCACCACACAGAACACAACCAGUGGACUGGUGGACUGAACAACCUCAGUCCUGGUGGUCAUCCGAGAGACCGAGGCUCCAGUCAGGGAUCCAGUCUGCAGGCCAAACCCUUCUCUUCACAGUCUCAGUGCAGGGAUGAAGCAGGACCUGGGGCUGAUAGAGAUAGACCCUCCUGUUCCUAUGAUACAAACACCACAGUAUCCAUGAUGAACAGAGCAGGUCGCCCUGGGCUUCAGCCUUCACAGAGAGUGGUAGGAGACCCUCCUGGCAGUAGUCUAUCAGCAAAUCUGUCUUCUCCUUCAGGAUCUUGUUUAAUGCCUGGUGAAUGGGUUCAGGGGAAGCCUGGGUCCAGCCUUCCUCAGCUACCUCAUGGUUUCCCCACAAAUACAGACAGGGCCAGGAUGGGCGUUCACCACAAGAGGUACCUAGCCUAUAACACAGCACACAAUCCCAACAACACCCAAACAAUGGGCAGAGGUCAAGGAGGGAGCUCAAAGACUAACCACCUAAGGGUGGUGGCUUCUGCUUCUACCUCCUCUGGUGUCAUUGGGUCACAACAUGGGAGGCCGAGCAUUAGAACGGACGCCGACAAGCCGUACGCCUGCCCAACGUGUGGGAAGCGCUUCGCUGAGGCGAGCUAUGUGAAGAAGCACCAGACCGUUCACACCAAGGAGAAGCCCUUCAAGUGCAAACUAUGUUACAAGAGCUUCUCGUUCCUGAGUAACCUUAUCAGACACAGGAGUGUCCACAAUGGGGAGAAAUUGUAGCAGUGUGGCUUGAGAUGCACACAGGGGAUAUCUGGGAACCAUUUUUUAGCUGACAUAUUAUAGUGAUCGUGUGAAGUGUCUUUGGGUAAGAGAGUAAUUAACCACAUAUCCCUCAUUAAACCCUUUGUUAAUUUGUCAAUUGAAACAGGCUUGUGUAAAUCUGUUUUUAGAGAGACAGUAAACCUAGGCUAGAACAAGGACCAUUGUUUUACCUUACUGAGGUGGUGUAGAUUGAAUAAAUUAAUCAUUUUCUCUUCUACUCUGUUCUUUCUAAACGAGUCUGCGCUCAGCUCGAAAGAUAAAAUCUCCUGUGAUUGCUAUGUGUAAUGUACACUGAACUAAAAUAUCAAUGCAACAUGGUAAGUGUUGGUCCCAUGUUUCAUGAGCUGAAAAAGAUCCCAGAAAUGUUCCAGAUGCGCAAAAAGCUUAUUUCUAUAAAAUGUUGUGGACAAAUUUGUUUACAUCCCUGUUAGUGAGCAUUUCUACUUUCCCAAGAUAAUUCAUCCACCUCUCCAGUGUGGCAUAUCAAGAAGCUGAUUAUCAUUAUUUUCUCUUCUGCUCUAUUCUUAUGAACACACCGUUCUUUCGUUACAAGUUAGUCACGAAACGUGGCCUUCAAAUUAUGCCAACACUGUGCACAUAUACAUUCAAUAAUGACAAACCGUCCCCUUACAAGUCAGACUGUUUAAUAAACUUAAUUUGAACUUA